AAUACAAUCAAGUAUGGUGCAGGGGUGGACCGGCCCCACCUUGGUCCAUCGUGGUGUAUUGCCCUCUCUCACCUAAAGUCGGUGGAAUUGUGGGGAAACAACGCAAUACGUUCUUUCUCCCUACAUCCACGCUAUAGAUAUAUCCCCAAAGAUCUGCCACCCACCCCCCUCAAAUCCAGUCUUGCCUAACACAAAUCGUCGACCUCCAAAACCCCCAUCGAUGGCGACUUCGUCUCCUCCAAUUCUCCCCAUUUCCAACCCAGAAACCACCGCCACAUCCGUUCAAUCGCAGCCUCCGGUCGCCACACCCGCUGUCCGCUUAUUUAUCACCCACAUCACCGAUUCCGUCCGCAACGGCUUCGCUCAGCGCCGCCCCUGGUCCGAGCUCGUCGACCGCAACGCUUUCUCCCGCCCCGAGUCCUUCUCCGAGGCCGCCCUUCGCGUACGCAAGAACUACACCUACUUCCGCGUCAACUACCUCUCCCUCAUCGCCCUUACCCUUGCCUUCUCUCUCCUCACCAACCCUUUCUCUCUCCUCCUCCUCCUUUCUCUCCUCGCCGCCUGGCUCUUCCUCUACCUCUUCCGCCCCUCCGAUCCUCCUCUCGUCCUCUUCGGCCGCACUUUCUCCGACCGCGAGACCCUUGGCAUCCUCGUUGUCCUCAGCGUCGUCGUCAUUUUCCUCACCAGCGUCGGAUCCGUUCUCAUCUCCGCUCUCAUGGUCGGUGCGGCCAUCGUUUGCGCUCACGGCGCAUUUAGAGUUCCCGACGAUCUCUUCCUCGACGAGCAAGAUCCCGCCGCUACUGGAUUCUUGUCAUUUCUAGGCGCUACCCCCUCCAAUGUCGCUCCUGUGGUCGCCGGACGCGUUUGAGGGUUACAACCAUCCAUCCCGACGGCGAUUGUUAGGGAUACGUUGAAGAGCAAGCUGUUCAUAGGAUUAGAAUCAGAUGACUGACGAGGAGAUUUGCUCAUUGAAUGUAAUUUGUAUAAGAAAGACAUACCAGUCAAGGAAAAGCGAGAAUUAUAUAUGAACAGACAGUAAGAUUAGUUGAUGAAUUAAAUUUAAGUGUUGCUAAA